UGUUCAUUUCAGCUGUUUUGAUGGCUGCAUUUUUGACUGCAAACCGAUGGUCCUCAGGUAUAGGAACCCAUAAGACAAGAGAAGGUAGAAUUUUAUGUACUGGGGUAGGCUGUUUAGGCUGUUUUCCUGACACUAAUCAGAAAGAGGCUGACGAACUUGGAGUAUGUGAUGUUGACUUGAACGGAAAUCCAUUCAGACCAUGGCUGAAUGAUGAUUACGCUGUUGCUAAGCACUCGAGCUCAAGAAAACCGAGUAAGCAACAUUAUACAGGGAAUUCAACGAGCGAACAUGGACAGUUAAAAACAAGGUUUAAUAGAUUAUCACACUCUCAAGGUGUCGAUGAUAAGGUGAGUGGUGUUCUUCGAAGUGUUGGGACGCAAACUCCAGAACACAACAACGAAGAUAUUGUCUCAAAYGCUAGAGGUCUAUCAAAAGAAACACAAAAAGUCUUAAACUCUAUGAUAGCUCAUGAUUCUCAACGGGUUGAAUACCAGGCUCACUCCAAGCACAGUACAAUCUGCCAAGGAUCACAAAAGUGUGAAUUGGAAAAUACAAUAGACUCCUUGAAUGCUAAUAAUCACAACAGUUCAUUUGCUGAUCAAGUAGAAAGGAAUGUAAACAAGACGGCUCUCAUCUUGGAUAAUCUUUACCUUAUGCCUAAAAAAGACGCAGCGCUCAAUCCUCAUGACAACAUUUUACCAGAAGAACACAAAACUUCAGAAAACAGUCCAUGGGAUCUGGGAGAAAACGCUGUGUGUCUAUAUUUUGCAAUCGAGUAUUUCAACAGCGAAAGAGUUUUACCGGAUUUCAAAGUCCUUGAAAUUGUUGAAGCUCUUACAGAUUCAAUGCCUGUAAAGGAUGUUAAGUGUGUGCAAAAAGUUGCUGGAAUGUGGCAGAUUGUUCUGAGAAGAAGAAAGUACUUGUCAUAUUUCAGACAGAUGGGGAUCACUGUACGAGGGAGGGUUUAUCAAUUGGUGGACGAUUUUGAGAGUUAUUGCAAAGUUAUUUAUGAUGACGAUGAUGAUGAAACAAAAGUUUAAAAAUCAUAAAUGCACGCACACACACAGUCCGAGCUCUGCAGUCCGAGAGUCCCGGUUGAGGGAGGCCAAGCAAUGACUUAAGAAAAAAAAGCAUUAAAGAUCAUGUUUAAAAAGACUGAAUAAAAAUAAAGUAAACAA